AUGGAACAGAAGGGAGGUGUGCUUCUGCAACAAUAUGAACUUGGUAGGUUGCUCCAAAAGUCUAAUGACCCAAACGAGCCCGACGAUCCAGACGAGCCCGAUGAUCCGAAUAGGCCUGACGACCUAGACAAGCCAGAUAACUCGAACGAGCCUGACGACCUGGACGGGCCCGAUGACCCGGACGGGCCCUUCCAAAUCAUUGGACCCGUACACCCAUGUGGGCCCGAAGACACGGAUAGGUUCGACGACCCGGACGAGCCCGAUGACCUAGACGAGAACAAUGACUCGGAUGGGCCCGAUGACCCAGAUGGUCCCGACGAUCCAGACGAGCCCGAUGACUCGUACGGGCCAGACUAUCCGGACGAACCUGACGGUUUGAAAGGGCCCGUACGAGUUGUUGGGCCCGUUUGA